AUGGCUUGUUCCAAAAUAACAUGGUUUUUCAUCGUAUUCGGAACAGUCUACUUUUUGGAAUCCAUCGGAGGAUUCUACAUGACCAGGUAAGUGAAAGUGUGUUUUUUGGACUCAACAGACUCCAUUUCCGUCAUCAUCAAAAAUCUCUGUGAAGCGACAAUAAUAAUAGGCGCAUAAACCGUGAUUAUCUUCUUUUGAUUUUGACCGUGUGACAGACGAAACACAUUCCGAUAACAGUCACAAAACACGAUUAUUUGUGACUGCUCCACUGGAUCUUUCGAAAGAAAUGCGGCGGAGUUUGUUUCAGUGCGGUCGUGUUCAUCGAGAAGCAGUUCCAAAUCCCGUCGCGACUCAGUGGGACCAUGGUCUCCGCGGGCGACUUUGCCUACAUUCCAGUCGUCAUUUUCACGAGUUACUUCGGAGGAAAAGUGAGCAGAUGGGGGAACGGAUGAGGUGGCAAGAAGGAGAAUGUUUCAGGGAAACCGGGCACGGUGGAUCGGAGCCGGAUGCAUUCUGAUUGCAAUUGCCAAUUUUAUGAUUGCGAGCAGCAACUUCUUGUUCCCGGUGGAACAAGCAAAUGUGACCACGCACAUUUCAAGUACCCUGGCUCAUCAGAUCGACCGAGAUAUUGUGAAUGGAGUGGGCAAUAGUUCGGAUCACCACUGGCUCGAGCAGAUUCAUCCGUUGAUCGAUCCGAAGAAUGAAGUCGUCAUGAAUUACGUAAGACCUCGUGCCUUCAGAAUCUGUAUAAAUCUUCCAUCUUCAGGCGGGUGACGAGCGAACGGAUCUUCUUCAAAAGUACGUCGAAUACUGUCAUCAUCACAAAAGCGCUCAAGUGUGCAAGAAUCUGGAAAAGUACAUUUCGGAAAAGUUCCCGAUGACGGAUGCAAAGAUGUCGAACGUGCGUGCAAUGGUGGCCCUUCCCUACGGUUUCUGCCACUCGAUGCUCAAUUUGGUUCGCGCGGAGCACUACUCCUGCAAGGGAGAUCACUCGACGCUCGGCCCGUUCAUGAUGAUCUUCGGAGGGCUUUUGGUGCUCGGAGUCGGCAGGACCAUGCCCUUCUCUCUGGGACUUCCGCUCAUGGACGACAACGUCAAAAAACAGAAUCUUCCGCUUUAUUUCUGUAGGUCAUAUUGCACUAGUCUAUCUUUAUGCGUUUUUUUUUUCAGCAUUCAUGUUCUUUGUCAAAAUUCUGGGACCUGUAGUCGGGUUGUUAGUUGGAGGACAGUUGAACAAACUUUAUGUGGACUUUAAUCGUAAGUUGCGGUAUCAUUUUCAUGUUUGGAGAAAGAUAAUUGCAGCGCCACAAGGACUGACCCCUCUGGAUCCGAUGUGGAUUGGAUGCUGGUGGCUCGGAUUCUUGAUCUUCGGAACUCUUCUCUUCGGGCCAUCCCUCAUUCUUUAUUGUUUCCCUUCCGACGAUCUGGAUAUCAAUGCUCCAGACGAGUACGACGACGAGUGAGUCUUCUUUUUCUUUUCUCUCAUCCAUGAAUAUACCGAAAAAGUUCAGGGGAAAAGUGAAGCCUCGGAAGCGUCUCAAUCUCGUCGACCGUCACAUCCAGAAGGAUGAGCAGGGAAAUGCGUUUAUGCCUGAGACAGCGUCGGACAAAAUCAAAGAUUUCACGAAAACAAUCGCGAAUUUGCUGAAGAACAAGAUCUUCUUGGGCGCAAUGUUCGGAAGAAUCAUUGACGUUCUCGCAUUCAAGGGCUAUUUUGUGUUCCAAGCCAAGUACCUAGAAGUUCAGUUCGGAGUCCCGCAGUUCAGGAUCCAGAGGUACAUCGCCACCACCGGAAUUGUCGGUUUCGCGUGCGGAGUAAUGUUGGGAAGUCUUUCUAUGAAGUUUUUGAAGUUGCAAGGAAGAAAAGCUGCUGCCUGGGUUGCAGGUACUCCUUUUCAACUUUGACAACUCGGCUAAUCUAGAUUCGUUUAGUGUGCAGUCUCGUCGCAGCCCUCAUCUCUUUUGCGAACGGAACAGUCGGUUGUAAAUCAGUGAUUGGCCAGAUCGGAGAUCAGAUCAAAGUGAACGGACCGGUGUUCGACGGAUGCAGAGAUGAUUGUAUGUGCGAUGCCACUCCGUUGUAUCCAGUUUGUGAUGUGAAGUUCGUGCUUGUCACUACUUUAUACUCAAUUCACAUUCGAGUUUUCAGUGGCAACGCUUACUAUUCUCCAUGUCACGCGGGAUGCGCAAUGGGCUGGAAGAACUACAGCAUCUUCGACAAUUCCAAGGCGAGCGUCGAGACUUUGGUCUUCGAGAACUGCGAGUGCGUGGACAACAGAGUCAAGGAAGUUAGUAGAUCUUACUGUAAGACUGGUUAGUUCUUGGUAGUUUACAACUAGCUUCAUCACUUGAACAAUUCAGAAGAAUGCGAGGAAAGAUUCGGACGUUUCUUCAUGCAUCAAGCAUUGGGCGCAGUGUUCGGAGGACUCGGUGUCGUGCCAGGAAUGCUCAUUGUGCUGAGAGCAGUGCCUCCGGAGCACCGAAGUGUUUCGCUCGGAUUCAACGGCUUCCUUGUCAGUCUCCUCGCCACUUUGCCUUCUCCGAUCAUUUGGGGAAAGGUCAUUGACAUGUCGUGCCUGCUCUGGCAGAAGACGUGCGAGUCAUCGGGUUCCUGCUCUGUUUACGACACCGACGAGUUAAGAGUCAGGUACUUAAGCGAAACGAGACGAUUCUCUUGAACAUCGGACACUUGCAGACUCCAUCUGAUCUACGGAUGCUUGCGAAUCUUCUCCCUGGUUUCGGACAUCUGGGUUUGGUACUGGGCAAAGGGUCUGAAGCUGAUAGAAGAGGAGACGCCGAAGGAGGAAGAAGCUGGAGCAAACGGGGAAACAAAGGCUCGCAACCGCAAGGAAAGCAUCCGAGACGCCGCUGAAAAGGUCGAGAAGACCGCCUAUGAGUUGGACCAGCUCAUCGAGCAACGGGGCUCUUAG